UGGCAUGCGGAAGUGCUUCGCGGAAGUGCAGGCGGCAGAACAUGGCGGGGGCUGACAACGGCUCCCGCUACCCGGCCGCGGCGGCGCCGCAAGACCCGCUAUCGCGCUUCCUCUGCCCCGUGUGCCUGGAGGUCUACGAGAGCCCCGUGCGGGCGCCCUGCGGACACGUUUUUUGCGCUCCAUGCCUGCAGGAAUGUCUUAAGCCGAAAAAGCCAGUGUGCGGAGUCUGCCGUAGUACCCUGUCUCCUGGCAGCACAGCUCUGGAUCUGGAAAAACAAAUUGAAAUGACAGAAACUGCUUGCAGUGGCUGCAAUAAAAAAAUGUACCUUUCAAAGUUACGCAGUCAUGCAGCUGCUUGUUCGAAAUACCAGAACUAUAUAAUGGAAGGUGUGAAGGCUGUAACUAAAGAACCACCUUGUAACACCAGGAAUGUUCCAAAUCGCUUUACCUUUCCUUGUCCUUACUGCAGUGAGAGAAACCUUGAUCAGGAAGGACUAGUUGAACAUUGCAAAAAGUACCACAUCAUGGAUGCAAAACAAGUGGUUUGCCCAAUUUGUGCCUCAAUGCCAUGGGGAGAUCCCAGCUACAGGAGUGCCAAUUUCAUGGAUCAUCUUCAGAGGCGGCAUCGGUUUUCCUAUGAUACUUUUGUGGAUUAUGAUGCUGAUGAAGAUGAUAUGAUGGCACAGGUUUUGCUACGGUCUUUGAGGGAUAAAUGAACUAAGUAGGAGAAAAACUGUAAUACCAAGCUUCCAUUAGGGGGAGUUCCCAGCAUCCCUGACACUUCUCCCUACACAGUCCAAGAUGAACUCAGGCAUCCAAAAAUAAAUAAGGAAGAUUUUUGAAGAGUCCCAGUCACCUGGCCUCAGCUCCUGAUCUCGCUCUACAUGUCAUUGCUUAACACUAACAAGACAGGCUUUUUUGGCUGCUGCUCAGCUGUGUCAGGCUAGUACUCUUGCUCCUUUCAUGCUAAGUUUAGCCAAUUGUCUCCUCUGUAUUUCUGUUGCCUCUUUUCAUUUUCCCCACCCUUGCAUCUGUCUGCUCGUUAUGUCCAUUCUUACUUGAUGAGAACAUAUGUGGUACCAGAGGAACUGCUAUUGAGAGGGAAUGGCCUACACUGGCAAGUGAAGAUUAUUUGGAAAAAAAAAAAAAAAUCUUAUCUUUAUGCUUCCUAAAUGUUGAUCAGAUACCUUGGCAUUUUUGGUCUAUGGAAGCUGUUAGUCUGUUAGAUGCAACUGUCAGAACUGGUUUGCAUUUGAGACUGCCUGGAAUGUCUGUGAUUACACAUUCUUUAGCAGCGUUUCUAAUGCUGGAAGUUGGUCUUUUAACUAAACUUAGUACACUGCCUCAAUGAUGAAUUUUUAAAACUUGUAUUUUCACUGUAGUUCUGUUCAUCUGCGUAAGAAACUUGUUCAUAAUACCUGGUUCAGUACCUGCAUGUUACGUACCAGCUCAAAUAAUCAUACUUUGGUUAAAACAUUUCUAGUCUAGAAAGUAAAAUUCUGCAUCCAAAAAUUCUUAGUUUAAAAAUCCACAUGAUUUCCAAUGUUGUCACAUGUAAUAAUUAUCUCAUGUCCUGAACUGACAAUUUAAGAUCUUUCCUAGAACUUAAGCUACUAAGCAUAACUUGCAAGCCUUCGCUUGAUAGAGGGAUUCAAAACUAAAACAUCUAGGAAUCCGAUUAGUUUUUUAAACUAAAAUGUGGUUAUUAGCUUCCAAUUCUUCUGUCCCUCAAGAUCGUCUGAUAGUAAAAUGGAUUAAUGAUCUUUAGCAUUUCGUAAGCAUUACUUGUGUUCUUACAAAUUCUACAAAAUAUUUUGAACCCCUGAGCUUCAUUUAAAUUAUUCAGCUAUAUUGUGAAAUAUUUAAGUGGAUGAUUCUGUAUUUAGAAUAUAGUGUUCAUAUAAUGUUUAUUAUAUAGGUAUUGUUUUUGAAAGGAACACCCGAAGAGUAGACAGGAAAGCAGAGACAUAACUCAAAAUGAUAUGCAAAGAUAAUGUACUUUCUACAUGUAUGAAUACAAUAGGCUGGUAUUACCUUCUAGAAAUCACUUUGGGUAUUGAGGCUGAAUAUUUUUAUUCACAAAUUAACAGCAAGGAACUUCAGGUUCGUGAGGUCCUAGCUAAGGCUUCUGUAUCCACUGGGCCUGCACACUAGUGUAGUGUAGCAUACAGAGCUAGCUUGAGUUCUCAAAGCAAGCUGUUUUAGCCUGCCAAGAAGCUCUGUUAUCUUCACACAGUGCUGGGCUCUGUAAUUUGACCAGACCUUCAAAUUGCUUUUUAGAACAGUAAAAAGUUCCAGCUCAAAGUGGCUUGUUUGAAGCUUGAGCUUGCCCAGACUGGCUGGGCAAACUAAGUAUAAACCAGUUCAUAUUGGGCUUAGUUUUCUUUCUUUUUUUUUUUUUUUGUCUUUUUAUGUGCUUUCACUCAUUUGGUAUGGACCAGUUUAGAUCCAUCAGAAGGUGCAAUCUACUUGAGAAUUGUGUGUCAAAUCCUGAAAACUUUUUCAUGCAAUGCUCUGAACAUGUACCAUGUGGUUUUUGGCAUUAUGUUCUGCAGAGAUUAUGGUCUCGAAGUGUUUGGGUAGAAGCUGUGGAAUUUGUGAAUUUUGGCUAGAGCCCAAAGUCACCACCUGACUCUAUUCCACAUUUCUUCUAGUAUUCUAAGUGCACUUCCAUGUCAUCUUGACAAUGUUUCUGAGAGCUAAGCAAUUAAAUUGUCUUGUUCUGACUUUUUGAAGACAAGAUAUCAAUAAAUUUCAUAUAAUU